GAUUACCAAUUGCCGACUUGUCGCAAGGGAUAAACUGCAGGGCUAAAGCCUCUCUCUGACCAUUCCCUCUGAGUAAACACAGAGGAAUAACUAGAGAGGGAAAGGGAAGCGGACCAAACACUUCUGGAGAUCGAUCACUUCUAUAAGAAAAAAAAAAGAGGAAAAGGUCCUUCACGAACAAACUCAUUGUGUCCCAUUGCUGACAGAGGACAAUGACUCAGGGAAAACUUUUUUUUUUUAAUUGAGAAGGGCUUUGCUUAUCAGGAUUCCUGAAAUAAGUCUGUGUGCAGUAUUUCUACUCUACUUUCCAAUCCAGAAACACAUUAGUUUUCUAAUGUAGGAUCUUCUAACAGACCCUCAUUGUGGAGUUUUUUCAUCAAGUCCUCCAGGUGAUCAAAACCAAACUCUAAUCCUCGAAGCAGCAUGGAUAUGCAGGUUGUCUACGACCUUUUAGGGGAAAAUGCCUGGUUGUACAUCAGUGGUACCUUCGUGGUGUUGUGGAUUGUCAUUUGGCUCUACAGAGACAGCAUUGAGAUCGACAAAAUCUCUGAAAAGUACGUCUUUGUAACCGGCUGCGACUCCGGGUUUGGAAACCUGCUUUGUAAGAAGCUGGAUCGCAAAGGUUUCAAAGUGCUUGCCGGCUGCCUCACAGAAAAGGGAGCUGAUGACCUGAAGAGGGUGGCGGGGCCUCAUUUGAAGACCGUUCUGCUGGAUGUGACCAAUCAGGACAGCAUCGAGAAAGCCAUGGAGUGGACCAAGAAGGAGGUCGGCGAAAAGGGACUUUGGGGUAUUGUGAACAAUGCUGGACGUGCAUUACCCAUGGGCCCUUCAGAGUGGAUGAAAGUGGAGGAUUUCCACAGCACACUGAAAGUCAACAUGAACGGAGUGAUUGCCAUGACGAUGAUCUUCCUGCCGCUCAUCAAAAAGGCUCACGGACGUAUUGUGAAUGUGGCCUCAGUGCUUGGAAGGGUGGCUGCAAACGGGGGCGGAUACUGCGUCUCUAAGUUUGCAGUGGAGUCUUUCUCUGACUGCCUUAGGAGAGAUAUAAACUACUUUGGAAUCAACGUGUGCAUCAUUGAGCCAGGGUUUUUCAAGACAGCGGUGACAAGCCUGGAUCCCCUCGAGCGGGAGCUGCAUCGCCUCUGGAACCAGCUCAGCCCUGAGGUGCAAGCCAGCUAUGGAGACAAGUACCUGGAUAAAUACAUCAAGGUCCAGCGUUUGAUCAUGAACGCUAUCUGCGACUCCGACCUCAGCAAGGUGACCAACUGCAUGGAGCACGCUCUGACCUCUGCAUACCCUCGCACCAGAUACAGCGCCGGCUGGGACGCCAAGCUGCUCUGGAUCCCGCUGUCUUACAUGCCUUCAUGUGUGGUUGAUAUCGGGCUGAAGCUGGUUCUGCCUCGUCCUUUAAAGAGCGUGUAACUCACACUGUCUUCAAAGUUAUGAGUCUUUUUAUGUCAGUUUGAUGCAGUACUUGGUGUUGGCUCAAAGGAUUUUUUUUGCCUUUCAAUAUGCCCAUAUUCCUUAUCUACACUGGCCAUGCAGUGAUCAGAUGAUGCAUUUUAUUUUAUUGUUUUAUAUGUGCACAAUCUGCCAUUUGAAAAAAUCACUUUCUGAUGUCUGCUUUUAAACAGUUGGAAAAUAUGGAAGAAUAUGCCUGUUGAUGCUGUUAUUUAUGUUCCUCGAUAUGGAGGCUGCUAACCACCAGAGGCUGAAUAAACAGAAGUUUACUAUCAAGCAGGAGUGUUUUACAGAAUUCCAUGAUCAACUUAAUGUUAAAGACAAUACAAAAAAAUGUGGUAAAAGCUCUGCCCUGAAAAACAUGCCAUGGGUUACAGCAAGGCAGUCACAGCAUGAUGGUUUCAAAACAGCUUGGUUCAAUGAGAACAAAGAUGCAUCGAUUAAAUACCUUUACAGGUAAGUAGUAUCAGUUUUUUUAUGAAGAGAUGCGCCAUUGUUAUUUGUAGACUUUUGAUAAAUUAAAAAUUCCCA